AUGAACUGGCCUCCUUCGACCCGACAAGUCAUUCUCGACGUCAACGCCCCCUACACGUAAGAUUUCAAAGUAGAAAAAUGAGCUAGAACGCCGCAUUGAAACAGAAAUGUUGGUCUGACUAUUCUCAGCAACUUUAGGUAUGCCUAUCGGACCUACUUUUGGUCUCCAGACACGCUCCAGCAGCACCUGAACGACACGACCCCAGUUUCUUGUACUUUCAUCAUUCCAAAUGAAGUCAACUUCUUCAAUGUAAGUCGUUGAAUUUUGCGGCUUUCUUGGGACUCAAGUCUUAUUUGCAGAUGUCGAUCUAGGCUAGUAAAAUAAAGAAAAAAGACAAAAAACUACAAAAAGUAUUUGAAAAAACUAUCAUGUUAAGAUUACUUUCCUGGAUGGCUCGACGCCAAAAUCGGCCUCUUUCGCGUGUCCAAAAGGAAUGGAGUGUUGUUCCUGGACGUGCUGUCAUUCCUUCAACUGGUACAGCUUCGGCUUGUAGGUCCUCUGGUUUCUUUUGAUAAAAACUCAACCUUCAGGCUUAUAUUAUUUUCCCUUUUGCUUCUGGUUCUUAUAGUUGCCAAGGCACGUUCGUACUUCAAGAAUAGAGGUUUUUUCUUGAAAAAUAUAGUUCCAGAAAAGUUUGUUUCAGACAGGAGGAAAAUCUCAAACGAGCCGAAAACGCACCGCAUGCAGCAAGUAGUGAUGGCGACCGAAGCUUCCAUGUUUCCUCCAGAAGAAGCCACUCAAAAUUCUUUCGUUAUGUAA